GUAUUCACUCACUGAACUUCUCCCAUUGUUAAGACCACCGUCGAAUGGAUAUGGAGCUGCAGAAUUUGGCAUUUUUCCUGGUCGUUUUGUCCCCAGCAUUGGCCACAACGCCACUUGUGAUGUGGCACGGCAUGGGGGACAGCUGUUGCAAUCCCCUCAGCUUGGGCCGCAUCCAGACUCUGGUAGAGAAGGAAGUCCCGGGUAUCUACGUGAGGUCGCUGGAGAUUGGCAACAACAUCAUUGAGGACACCUUGAAUGGAUUUCUGAUGAACGCUAAUAAGCAAGUGGAGAUGGCCUGCCAGAAGAUCCGGUCGGACCCCAAGCUGGCCAAGGGCUACAACUCCAUGGGCUUCUCGCAAGGAGGUCAAUUUCUGAGAACAGUGGCCCAGAGAUGCCCAACCCCUCCCAUGUUCAACCUCAUUUCGGUUGGAGGACAGCACCAAGGCGUCUUUGGUUUCCCGAGAUGCCCUGGCAACUACAGCUCUAUCUGCGAAUACAUCAGGAAAUUGCUGAACUUUGGUGCCUACCUACCUUCCGUGCAGGACAAUAUUGUGCAAGCUGAAUACUGGCACGACCCUCUGAACGAGGAGGAGUAUCGACAGAAGAGCAUCUAUCUGGCUGACAUCAACCAGGAGAGGAAAGUCAACGAAACAUACAAGACCAACCUCCAGAAGCUGAAGAAGUUUGUGAUGGUAAUGUUUGGCAACGACACCAUGGUUCAACCCAAGGAGAGCGAGUGGUUUGGCUUCUACGAGCCUGGACAGGAUAAGGAGGUGUACACACUGAAGGAGAGCCCACUUUACACAGAGGACAAACUGGGCUUGAAGGAGAUGGACGAGCAAGGAAAGCUGGUAUUCCUCACGUCUUACACCGACCACCUGCAGUUCACCGAGUCCUGGUUUGUGCAGAACCUGAUUCCGUACAUCAAGUAAAUCCUAACAACCAACCAAGCCCUGCCCCCGAAGAAAAGAUGCUGAUGUCCAAAUGCAGAACUGAAAGAAACAUUUCAAAGGUCUUGAGACAAGACUGGAGUGUAAUAAGUAAAUAAAGAACAGCAAGAACCCCAAAUAUAAAAAAAUGGAGAAACUUGCACAAUUUGAAAGAGAAGAAAUCAGACCUAACGACCUCAGCAGACAUUAACAGUACACAUUGACACACACACACACAAAAAUUAUGUGGAAAAAAGGUGUACUAAAACUAAUGUAAACCAUGUAAGGAAAAUGAUUGUGUAGAGCAGAUUCAGCACAAGAUAAUCUAACACUGACCAGAGACCUAGAAAUGAAAUUCAGUCGCCACGGAAAGAAACAAACUGGAGAAACCACAAUUAAGGCCAAAAAAACACUCUGACAGAAACCAAGCGAAACAGGCUGAGCCGAACUCUUGAAUGGUAUAAACUCCCACUAUAAGAAAUCCUCAAAUUGACGGAGACUGAGUUUCUCCAUUUACAGACGUAAGUGACAGACGCGUCCUGUAUUAAUGGUUCACAAUUUAUCACGACUCUGACAUCUGGUGGAUCAUGCAAUAAAUUCCUGAAAGGUAUCUUUGUAGUAUCCUAGCUUGUUUCAUGAAAGUAUCUUUGUGAUAGAAUUUAUAACAAAAGGUUUUGUACACAGUCUAUUGUCGUGUCAGUUUAGUUAUCUUUGUAUAUAAAUUUGCUUUUAUAAGAAAUGAGGAUAAUAUUUUUUGAUGCAUUAAUUUCCUUUGGGGGAACGUUUUGGCUUGUAUAUUUGUUGGGCUCAUUCUUAAAUUGUCAGUAAGCAUGUUACAUUUGUUUUGCAGUAUUAGUGCAACUCUGCUGGAACAAUUCAACAUGCCUUUUGUCUGUAUCCCAUUUGAAAUGGUUCAUGUUAACAGAUCAGUGUAGAAAUCACUAUAAAUGAUACUGCGUGCUUAAUGGCCUUGAUAUGUUCAAUUCACUUCUGUGCAACAUCAUUAUUGUAUUAAGGGUAAUUGAUGAACUGACUUGGGAACAUUCUCCAUGGAUGUUCCAAAAUCUCAUUAAUUCAUGGCUUAAUGCUUCGUCUGUCUUUCUGUCAAUCAUAGUUUAGGUUUUGAUGUCAUUCUGUUACUCUUUUGUAAAGCAAAAGUCUAAAUUUUUUAUAAUUUCUAAUGUUAAACAUUUAAUUGAUACUUGUUUGCCAAAGCUUGAAUUAAAUUGACUAGUAUGGGAAUUGAAUGUGUAAUUCCAAGUAGAUUCAAAAGUUUUUCAACUGGCAAAACUUCAUUUGAGUUGCACAUAAAGUUUUCACUUUAGUCAAAACCA